UUGGCAUGUUAGAGGGUGAAGCUGAACUCACUUGAUUAAAUCUGACAGGCAGCCAUCCAUCAGCGUCUCUGGAUAACAGCUCAACCAACUGUACAAGGGAACAAUCCAAAAACAACUUUUCUCCAUCAAGAUGUCAAACUCGGGAGGUCGGAGACUGAAGCAGUGGCUGGUGGAGCAGAUCCAGAGCGGGCAGUACUCCGGACUGCAGUGGGAGGAUGAAAGCCGCACUAUGUUCCGAAUUCCAUGGAAACACGCAGGGAAACAGGAUUACAACCAAGAAGUAGACGCGUCCAUUUUUAAGGCCUGGGCUUUGUUUAAAGGCAAGUUUAAGGAGGGGGACAAGGCUGAGCCUGCAACAUGGAAGACCAGACUCCGCUGUGCCCUGAAUAAAAGCCCUGACUUUGAGGAGGUGACAGAAAGGUCACAGCUGGACAUCUCUGAGCCCUACAAAGUCUAUCGCAUUGUACCCGAGGAAGAGCAGAAGAAUGGCAAAAGCUCAGUGAUGACCAUGACAGCUAUCAGCUCUGGUGAUAUCACUGACAUGGACUGCAGCCCUGCAGAGAUAGAGGAGCUCAUUAAAGAGGAGGAAGGCUGUAGUAUACAGGCCAGUCCAGAGUAUUGGUCCCAGGGCAGCAUCAAUGCUUUCCCUCAUCAGGACCCUUUGCCAUCAAGCAAUCUCAGCUCAGCUUUCUCCCAGAUGAUGAUCAGUUUCUACUAUGGAGGAAAAUUGAUGCACACCACACCUGUAACUCAUCCUGAAGGCUGCCGGAUCUCCCCACAACAGCACCUGGGUCGUGGAGCGCUAUACAGUUCAGACAGCUUGCAGAAUGUUCAUUUCCCUCCUGCUGAGCUCAUCGAAUACGACCGCCAGCGCCAUGUCACACGCAAGCUCCUGGGCCACCUGGAGAGAGGUGUACUGGUCCGUGCCAACCAAGAGGGCAUCUUCAUCAAAAGGCUGUGCCAGAGUCGGGUCUUCUGGAGCGGGCUGGGAGAAGGGGGCUCACAAUACAGCCCCAUGCCUUCUAAACUUGAGAGGGAUGCUGUAGUCAAGAUUUUUGACACAGGAAAGUUUCUUCAAGCUCUACAGAUGUACCAGGAGGGUCAGUUUCCUGCUCCUGAUCCGGCAGUGACUCUGUGUUUCGGUGAGGAGCUGCAUGAUCUGAGCAAUGCCAAGAGCAAACUGAUCAUUGUGCAGAUCACUAUGGUGAACUGCCAGCACCUGCUGGAGGCAGUGAACAUGCGUCGCUCCCAGCCUUACUGCACCAACCCGAACCUGGAGAUGUCUGAUAAUGUGGCCAGUGACCAGAUGGCCCGCAUCUACCAGGACCUGUGCAGCUACAGCGGCCCGCAGAGGCCAGCCUGCUACAGGGACAACAUGCCCAUCACCGCCUGAAAUGGGAGCAGCAACAUACCUGCCAGGAGCUCUUCAGCAUGGACCACACUGAAUGUACAACAUAUUACAGACAUUUCUUAUUUUCCUAACAUACAAGGUAUUUCAGGUAAAUGCCAGUAUUACAAGUAGUUUUGACUUUUUAAGUUUAUACCAAAUCACAGUGGAGACAUAAAUAUAAGGAGUAAAGCUCUUACAGUAAAACUUUUGAAAUGCAGCUCAAUAUUAGGAUGUCCCAAAUAUUUUGUAUAUCAGUAAUUUCUGUUGUUGUACAGCGCUAAUACAAACUCUAUGUCUAGCUUCUGCUUUUUUAGUAUAAGAGAGUGUUUUCAUCCAGCUCAAGAGAAUAAGUGUUAUAUUUUCAUGUUACACACAUCUCAAGAACAUAUUUUAUAAAUAUAUAUAUAUAUAAAAUGUUAUAAUAGUUUUGAUACAUACAAUGAUUUCCGUAGUUUUGAUGUAUAGAAUUUAAUUCUCAAAGCUGAAUUCACUUUUUUGUUUUUGCCAUUAAGAUGGUAAUGGAUGGAGGAGAUGGAUUUUGUUUUGAUAAUUUUCUAUUUUCUUUACAGUAAAUGAAAAAUCUUUUUAUGACUUGAUAAAAAAUUGCAUGCUAUUUUAAAUGCAAUGUUGCAUUAUAUUACAGAUAGGUUUUACUAUCAGAUUGGUUUUUUUUAAACUGCAUUUCUAGUAAAACUAAGUUUGUUCUAAAC